UUUGUCAGACGGAAGUGAUGACAUCGUCAACAAAUGAUAUACUGAUUGUUUGUAUGGGUUUGAUUGACCAAACCUCCGUGUUUUUCUUUAGUAAAAUAGUCUAGACUUAUUCCGAAUUGGACCGAACCACUUCAUCGUCCAGUAACUGCCUCGGUCAAAACGUUGGAAGCGGAAUUUUCCCGCUCAGCGCGAUCAUGAAGAGGAAGAUCAGAGAGAGAUGACUGAGAGCGGCAGACAGCUGUUUGCCCGUUUGGAGGCCCGGCGCUGGCUGAAGGACAUUGAGCCUCGGUUGUUUCCUGAGGAUGGAAGACCUGACCAUGGUGAGGUGGUGGAAGUGUACGGUCCAGAGGGGACAGGAAAGACAGAGCUGCUCUACCACCUUCUGUGUCGCUGUGUGAUGCCGGAGACAGCUGGCGGUCUAGAGGUGGACGUUGUCUUUGUGGACACUGACUACAGUCUGGACAUGUUCCGGCUGGUCAGCAUCCUGGACAGCCGACUGAACGCAGGUGCUUCCCUCAGUAUGACGUUGGCUGGGUCAGAAGAUGCAGUACUACGUUCGUGUCUUUCUCGCCUCCUGGUGGUCCACUGCUACUCCUCCUCCCAGCUCCUUUUUACUCUUCAUUUCCUGGAGACCACCUUAUCUUCUCGACCCAGUCUGAAGCUCCUUCUCAUUGACAGCAUCUCGGCAUUCUAUUGGUUGGAUCGCAGUGAGGGUGGAGCCAGCUUCAACAAGCAGGAGGAGAAACUCAGCAAGUGUUCUGAGCUGCUGGCACGACUGCUCAGGGACUACAGAAUCACCAUCUUUGCAACCUGUCACACUAUCAGGAGGGGUCACAGUGGACCGUCUUCCUCAGCGUCCGUCUCAGAACCAGACCGGUCACAUCUCUGUCGUUCCUGGCAGCGUCUGGUGACCCACCGACUGGUCUGCUCAAGACAGGAAGCUGAAAAUAAGCUCAUAGCUGCAGAUGGAGGGGAAGGAGAACAGAGGAGCCGGCAGGUCUUUGUGGUCCACUGCUCCACUUCCAUCCAGAUGGGGACCAAAGGUUCCAGGGUCAGCUCCCUCAGAGUGACGGAUGGUGGGGUGGAGUUUAUCUGAACCCUUGGACCUCCUCAUCUUUCUGCUCUACUUUAAAGACUUAAUGUUGAUCUUUUUAUUUAAGGAUUCUGUAAAUAAAAGACUAGAAUCAGAA